AUGUCACAUACUAAUAAGAUCGCCUACGUAUUGAACAAUGACACGGAGGAAACCAGCUUACCCUCUUCCGUUGGCUGUUUUGACAAGAAACAGCUCACUAAGCUGCUGAUACAUACUUUAAAGGAGCUGGGCUACGACUCCGCCGCUGACCAGUUACUGCUAGAGAGCGGCGGAUACCAGAAUGAGUCCAAUCACAUUCAGACUUUCUUCAAACUCAUCAAAAGCGGUCAGUUCCAGCUUAUUAACUGGCAGAUAAUUUGCUCACUGCCCCUUGCCCAUAGCUCUCCGCUAAGGUCCGAAUGGCUCCAAACACUAGUCAUUCCUACGCCGACGCCCGCCACCACUUCACUUUUUGACCACAUGCUUCUGCAAUUGCAAUAUCUGCAGCAGCUCAUUAACUCCGUAAAUUCGUCAACUUGCUCAGACGCGGAGAUCGCCACGCUCAGAAAUUACGUAGAGAUCAUGAUUCUCGUCAAUAGACAAAUCUUCCUCGAGUUCUUCCAUCCAGCAACAACCUCAGCGUCCCACACGGGCCCUCACACUGCGCUCCCCGUCCUGUACUUGCGCAAAAUUCUCAAAAACUUCAUCGAGAUAUGGGAUUCCCUGUUGGUGUCUAACGAUCAGUUCCUCAAUGAAGAAAAUAUCUUCAAUCCGGAAACCACUUUGAGAGAACUGUCUACGUACCUGACUAACCCAAAACUCACCGCGCAGUUGGAUCUCGAGCGAGACCAUUUGAUUGACGCUAUCUCCAAAUAUAUCGAUCCGAACGAACUCGUUCCCAAGGGUCGUCUCUUGCAUCUCUUGAAACAGGCCAUCAAGUACCAACAGUCGCAAGACAUUUUCAAUAUCAUUGAUCCUGACGACGACGCUUCUUUUUCCUCUCCCCCCCACCGCAUCAACCUUUUGCAAGACAACUUCUCACACGACCUGACUGUGACCUUCCAAGAAUGGAAGACCAUCCAGGACACCACGGACGAGAUUUGGUUUUUAACCUUCUCACCCAAUGGCAAGUAUUUGGCCUCUGCGACUUCCGAGUCCUCGAGAGGCUACUUCAUUACCGUUUAUGACGUGGAACAAGACUUCAAAAUUUAUAAGACUUGCGUGAGUUUGUCGCAAUCUGUACUGUAUCUCAUGUUUUCCCCCGACAGCCGAUACUUGGUCGCAUGCCCUUUCAGCGAAGACGUUACCAUAUACGACAUGAAUGCCACCUGCCUACCUGAUGCAUCUACCACAGACUCAUUCUUACCGUACCCUUCUACCAGGCUCUCACCCAUGGACUCAUUUAAACUAGACGCCACUGCGUCCUUAGAUGAUACAGAAUCAUCAACGUCGUCUUCCUCCAGGCCAGCAAACGCGAAUUCUAAUCAAUCAAGGGUAUGGUGCUGCGAUGCCUUCCACACCGCGGAACGUGCAGGCUGGAUGGUAGUUGGAUCACCCGACAGAGAAGCUAUUGUCCACUCCCUCACCACAAAAGAGUCCCUUUUUAGCCUAAAAGGGAGGACUUGUAUCGCGCUGGGCCAUGAUGAAAACGUCUCUGGGAGAAAAUUAAUCGACCCUGCAAAAGUCCUUUACAAACCGACAAAUAACAAUGGUAACUGGCAAUACGUCGAGGACGACGAAACAUUCCCACGAGUGCACGACGUGAAAAUUAGCUAUGACGAUAACUACGUGCUUUUGAUGACCCACCAGGGUGUUAUAGAUGUUUACGACUUCAGUGGGUUCCCCUCCAAGGAAGAGCUAUCUAAACAAACACUGGAUCUUAAAAACGUCCUGAUUCCAAGAAUCGCAAGGUUGGAUGUUGGCAAAAACAUGACUUGUAUCUCAUUACCGCUAAAUACCGCGCACCAAGGCAGCCAUAAGCAACAAAUAUCUGAGUCUCAACAUUCGGUUUUAGUUAGUCUACAAGAUAACGAGUUGCAAAUGUGGGACUAUAAGGAAAAUAUUCUUAUACAAAAGUAUUUUGGUCAAAAGCAACAGCAUUUUAUAAUCAGAUCUUGCUUCGCCUACGGCAAUAAACUUGUAAUGAGCGGAUCAGAAGAUGGCAAAAUUUACAUUUGGGACAGAAUUAGAGGUAAUUUAAUCUCUGUGUUAUCCGGUCAUUCCACAGUAAUGAGUAAUUCUACGAAACCCAUGGGGAAGAAUUGUAACGUAGUUGCAUCAAACCCUGCAGAUAAAGAAAUGUUUGCUUCCGGCGGAGAUGAUGGUAAGAUAAAAAUCUGGAAGAUUUUAAGAAACUAA